AUCACUUUGAGCCCCCGUUGACAUUGUUUAUCUCUAGUACUUGAUUUCUCGAGACGAUUCUCUGCUGCAACAACUCCUCGGGUCCUGCCUUUAGCAGCUUCACUCGCUACCGCUGCUUGGGCCGUUUCAUCUGACUUGACUACCCUUUUGCUGCUUUCAAAUCCCUAUUGCCGAUUGAUUAAAUGUACUGGGCUAUGCAAUUAUGCCCUUGGUCCCCUCAUCUCACUUCUUCAUGUUCGAAUUCCCUUCCCCAUCCCUUGGUCUCGCUAUUUCUCUUCUCAUUCUCUCAUUCAAAAACCCGGCUCUUCACGACUUAUAUACUAGCUUAUACCCUCUUUCAUGACCUAUUGAUGAUAUUUGCCUUCUUAUUCUCUCAUUACACCAACUUAUUUGGCUUGACCUUAUUAUGUGGCGUUUGUGGAUAUCCUUAGCUACGAGUUAUCAUCAUUUUAAUGCGAUUUGUGGCUUCCCAGAAUUAA